AUGGGGGCACCUAUAAACCAAAGAGGCAGGGAGGGCUGCCCCAGUACAGCCUCAGCAAGUGGCGGGCUUGCAUGCAGACAUGAGGCUGUGCUGAACUCUGAACGAAGGCUACGGCAGAAACGCAAGUACCCGGGGAGCCGCUUCUUACUGUGCCUCCAGAGGCCAGUUCCUUGCGGGAGUGUCUUUGGCAGGGCACAGUGCUGCGGCUGGGGCAGUGGCACAGGCCUUGCAGCCUGGCAGCUGCCUGGCCCCCACUUUUCUGCCAUCAGAUCCCUGGGGCUCUUGUCCCCUCCCCAUCCCCACUCAACCCCUGCUCACCUCCGUAAGGCCAUGCUCACCAUUAAGUUCCUUUUCUUGCUUGUGCAAGUCCUCCUCCAGUACCCGCAGCAGGCCAGCGAUGGGCUGGAUGAGGCUGCGCUGGAGCGCAUGCAGCAGCGUGCUGAGUAUCUGAACCAGCAGAUGACUCAGCUCAUUCUGGAACUGGAGCAGAUGAAGCUGGAGCAGAGCAGUGAGGCCUGGGGAGCUCCGCUCGUGGGGCAGCUCUCGGCUAUGACUGGAAUCCUCAUCCUCCUCUUGGCGCUGCGCUUUGGACUCAAGAAAAUUAGAUGUGAUCCAGACAACAGUGACCAGAAGGAGGGCUCCAGUAGCAACUCGGUGGAGGAAGAAGAAGAAGGACACAACACAGCUGCAAAGAAAGACAUAGAAAGCAACGAUGCAAAUAUGGAAGAGGACAAUAGGGAUGGAAAGGAAGAAGGCAGCAACGUUGAUGCAAAGGCAGAAAGCAGUGUUGGAUGUGAAGCAAAAGAAGGCUAUUAUGAUGCAAAGGAAGAAGUAAACAACGAUGAGGAAGCAGAGGAAGUCAAUGCUGCUGGAAAUGGAGAAGACAAAGGCGAUGCAAACGAAGAAGAUGACGACCGCAGCAUCAAAAGGAACUUUGGAAGCUUUUCAGAAGUGCAGAUACAGUUGCCUGUUCGGGAUCUGGACAAAGGCUGCUCCAUGAUUACGGACCUGAUGGACAAACUCAUACAUGUCUUUGGACAAGGCUUGUCCAAUAGCUUCUACCCAGUGCCACAACAAGCCAUCGGAGUGGGCACUGCCUUUGAAGGCGGGAGUUCCUGUGCACAAGAUGUUGUGUACCGCAUGCUUGUACCCCUGAGGGCCCCUCCAGGACAUGCCUUCCACCUGGAACUGGACACUGCAGGGAUGCUCCAGAGGAAGUUCUGUGUCCGUGUGGAGCUGCUGUGCACCUGCGCAAGGGAGAGGCUGGGAAAGGACAUGCUGUGUUUCCUCCACCACCCUGAGGAGGAGCUGAAAAGGAAACAGGACCCCAGCCUCCUGCACACCCUCUGCACUGGCUCCUAUCUAGAUGUGGAGAAAACUGUCCACUGGUUUUAUCGAUUCAUGAGAAUAGCCUGGAUGCUUUUGCCUCAGUCCUGCCAAUGGCGUUUAACGUUGCAGCCCUGCAGCCGCUCCUGUAAAUUUCACCUAAGCAAAGACAAGGAAAGCUUCAUGGUUGAGGUGAUCUUUGGAGUGCGGCAAGGAGACUCAGAUAUCUUUGUGGGCAGCCAGACUGCAGAAGUAGGCGUCCCAAGCACAACGUGGCUUGAGACUUACGCUGUGGCAGAGGAAAAAUUCUUCAGGCACAUUUCCAGACAGGCCUUCAGUUGGCACUGCAAGUUCCUGCAGCUCCUCAGCAGCAUCCUGAUGGGUUGAGAUUUUUCCAGCAAUGCCCUGAAGACAGUGGUGAUGUACCUGCUGAACACCGUACCCCUGACACGGUGGCGCAGGAGGGAUUUCCAGCAGCGACUGAUGGAUAUCCUGAAGUAUCUCCGCUGCUCACUGGACAUAAAACAGCUUAACCACUUCAUCAUAUGCAACAAGAGGCUUCCUGAGGAGAUCAGUUUGCCCUCUGACUUCCGGGUGGCUCAACCACCCAACCUCUUCCAGCAUCUGGCCAGCAAUCCAGAUGCCCACACCAAGGCUGUGCAGGAGUAA